GUUCUCUCUCUCUAAAAGUUGGAAACAUCAGAGAAAGAGAUGGAUGCACAACCACCUUCUCACGGCGGAAACAGCCCCUUCAAGGCGGCGAUACUGGCUUUAGUGAUGGUCGUGCUCGCUGGACAUCUCUUGAUAUGGGUCAUGAUGCCUACAAAAGUUUAUAGACAACAUUGGUUGCCGGACAUUCGACUAAAAUCCAGCCCCACCUAUUUUGGAGCAUCUGGAGUAACAUUUUUGAUCUUCAUGUUCCCUAUUCUAUUCAUGGCUGUCAUGGGCUGUGUAUAUCUCCAUUUAGCACAGAAAUCAAGGGAUAAUCAUUUAAAAGGGAAUGGAAAGCACAGAUUGGCUAUAUUGCGGAGGCCUGUAAUAAUGAAAGGACUUGGAGUGGUAUCAAGGAUUGAACUGGCUUUCUUUCUCAUGUUCAUAGCACUUCUUGUUUGGUCUUUUGCUACGUAUUUGCGUAUUGGCUUUGCUACUAUCACACCUCAGUCAGCUGCAAAUAGUGGGGAGAAAGUGUGGGAAGUGAAGUUGGAGACUGCAGCUCUCCGACUAGGUCUAAUCGGUAACGUAUGUCUGAGUUUUCUCUUCUUUCCGGUGACUCGUGGCUCAUCGUUGCUACCACUUUUUGGUCUCACCUCCGAGGCUAGUGUCAAGUACCAUAUUUGGCUAGGCCAUAUUGUCAUGACACUCUUCACUGCUCAUGGUUUAUCCUACAUUAUCUACUGGGCUGUUACACACAAUAUAUCAGAGAUGCUGAAAUGGGAUAAUACAGGAGUUUCCCAUGUGGCUGGAGAGUUGGCUUUACUAUCUGGAUUAGUGUUAUGGGCUACAACAUACCCUAAGAUAAGGAGAAAAAUGUUUGAGCUCUUCUUUUACACUCAUCAUUUGUACAUUCUCUUCGUCUUCUUCUUUGUGCUUCAUGUUGGCAUUAGUUAUGCCUUCGUUAUGCUUCCGGGUUUCUAUCUUUUCAUGAUCGAUCGAUACCUGAGAUUCUUACAAUCCCGGCAAAGUGUACGCUUGGUCUCUGCCCGUAUUUUGACUUGUGAGACGAUUGAGCUCAACUUCUCAAAAAGCACAGGGCUGAUUUACCCUCCAACAAGCGUCUUGUUUAUGAAUGUGCCUAGCAUUUCUAAGCUGCAAUGGCAUCCCUUUACAAUUAGUUCCAACAGUAACUUGGAAGCUGAGAAGCUGAGUGUUAUCAUCAAAGGUGAAGGAAGUUGGUCCAACAAACUCUACCAAUUGCUAUCAUCACCUUCUUCUGUUGAAAGGCUUGAUGUUUCUAUUGAAGGGCCUUAUGGGCCUACUUCGACGAAUUUUCUAAGGCAUGACUUACUAGUGAUGGUGAGUGGAGGCAGUGGCCUAACCCCUUUUAUCUCUAUCAUCAGGGAGCUCAUUUAUGCAAGUGAAACACUGAAAUCCAAAACCCCAGAAAUUCUUCUAAUCAGUUCAUUCAAGAACUCUUCAGACCUUACCAUGUUAGACCUCAUUCUCCCAAUAUCUGGUGCCCCAUCACAACUUUCCAAUCUCUCUGUCCAAAUUGAGGCAUUUGUAACAAGAGAAAAACAACCCACAGCACAACAAAAGAAGAAUAUUCAGACAUUGUGGUUCAAACCUAGUCCAUCAGAUGCAGCCAUCACUCCAAUCUUAGGCCGAAACAGUUGGCUCUGUCUUGGUUCUAUAAUCUCGUCGUCAUUCAUCAUAUACCUUAUUUUCAUCGGGAUUUUGACCAGAUACUACAUUUUCCCGAUCGAUCAUAAUACAAAUAAGAUCUAUUCGUCUGCUAAGAAAUCUGAGCUGAACAUACUAUUCAUAUGUGUAUGUAUAAUCAUCACAGCCACUACAGCCUUUCUUUGGAACAAAAGUAAAAAUGCAAAGGAAAGUAUACAGAUUCAGAACAUGGAAGGAGCAUCUCCAACAGCAUCACCAAACUCAUUGAUUUAUAAUGCAGAUAGAGAACUUGAAAGCUCCCCCCAACAGGCAUUUCUUCAGACAGUUAAUGUGCAUUAUGGUGAAAGGCCAGACCUCAAGAGAAUUUUGUUUGAGCGCAAAGAAUCAAGUGUUGGUGUUCUUGUUUGUGGACCUAAGAAAAUGAGACACGAGGUUGCAAAUAUAUGUUCAUCUGGUUUGGCAGCUAAUCUUCAUUUUGAAUCCAUCAGCUUCAGUUGGUGACGAAUAAGCAGAUGCCACAGAAAAGGGGUUUCAAAUUCAAAUUAUCUCGUUCUAUAUCAGUGAAUACAUUGUUAUAUUUUCUUGCAUUUUUGUCCUUUCAUCUUUCUUCUGGUUGGCUGAGCUUUUGACAUAUGACUGUAAGUGGGAAGAUGGAGAUACCCCCCCCAUGUGUGAAUAAUAUGAUUUCUGUUUGUUGAAUAAACUAUAAUGGUCCUUUUUGUGCAUAGAAAAUCACCACCGAUGAUCCUUAUUA